AGCCGAGGCAGCACCUGCCCUGCCAGGCAUAAGCACAUUAUAUCAGAAUGUGGCCAUUUCAGAAUGAUUUGGCUUAGGAGUGGAAAUUGUUUGUUUCUUGGUCAUUUGGCUGAACACAGUGGCUCACUGGUAAAGGACACUUUGUUUUGUAUAAAUAUGUGUGUGUUAAGUAUCAUGCUCUCAAAACUGUGCCCCAAAGAAUCAUAGAUGGAGGCUUCUUGACUUCUUUUGUGCCAAGGACCCCUUUGCCACCAGACUAGUGUAAGCCCAUGGACCCCUUCUCAAAAUAAUGUGUUUAAACACAUGCAAUAAAAUGCAUUGGAUUAUAAAAGAAAUCGGAUACAUAUAUUGAAACACAGUAUUCAGAAUGUUAAAAAAGACAAAUUUGUAAUAGAGUUGUGCUUCAUUAUUCAUACAUUAAAUAAUGAGAUCCAAGGUGUUUCUUAGGUUUGGAAGUGGUGAUGAGUAUAAAUGUUUCAAGAGGUCCGUGACAACUAUGAUAUGAAUUGAAAGCAUCUGUUAUUUCUGUUGGUGACAGAGCCACAGGUACUGCUUUUUAUCACCACCUUUGUGGUUUAUUGCCAAUAUUCAUAAUUGAAGACAAUGUUACAUUUCAGUGAGAGGACAGUGAAGAUAAAGGUAAUAUUUUAAACUAUUCGAGGGCAUGGAUCCCCUACAUUUGGUUCAUGACUCCAAUGUUUAAGAAACCUUGCGAUGGGCUAAACGCUGUCUAGACACCCACAGAAAGCCUUCAAAGAGACUUUAGCAAUCAUUGAGAAUUCAGAAACUGCCAACAAAUGCCCCACAGUCGUAUUUUGUUUGGCUGAAAUGUGAACUGUAAAAAAUUUUGUAUCAGCCUUGAAUAUUUAAAAAUGGGGAGAUUUCUCAUCAAAGUCCAAAUUUUAACUUCUUUGGAAAAAAAAAAGCAGCUCUAGGCUUGCUUUCCCAGGUGGCAGGGAUGGGAACCUGGGCAUGUGCCUUUCCUUUGCCUGUAACCACCCCCACUCAGCCUGCCUCCUUCCUUAUCGUUUCCACGGGGCUCUCCCGGGCAUUUGAACUUGUGGUUCCAAGAGCAAAGAACUGAGUCAGUGUCAUCGUUAUUUGUGCCCCAGCCUUUCUCCUCUUAGUCUAAGAACGUGCGGCGAUGAGGCCAGGUGCCCGAGAGAGCUCCCCACAAAGCCAUGGGGCAGAGGGAAGGACUGGCCUCAAUAAAGCACGUUCGCCCUGGAGACCUCCCCUUGCAGGAGGGCACCAAGAGAACCCUCUGGGGCGAGCCUUCAGUGGAGGCUUCCUGUGGGCUGACGACCCCCUUCCUGAAAGUCAGAGGGAAGCUUGUCAUUAAUCUUCCGAAGCCUACAGGGAGGGAGCAGUUCCAUGGCCUCGGCUCCAUGUACUGCCGAGGAGCGGCCGCUGUCAUCCUCACCUAUGAUGUCAGCCACCUACAGAGCCUGGUGGAGCUGGAGGACAGGUUCCUGGGCCUGACGGACACUGCCAGCAACGACUGCCUGUUUGCCAUCGUGGGAAACAAGGUGGACCUCACCGAGGAGGGGGCUGCGGAGGAUGAAGAGAAGAAAGAUGGCGGCCCCGGGAAGGCUGGCAGCGGCGGCGUCUCUGCCAGGGUGCCCAAGCAGGUUCAGCUGGAGGAUGCGGUGGCACUUUAUAAGAAGAUUCUAAAGUACAAAAUGCUGGAUGAGAAGGACAUGCCAGCUGCUGAGCAGAUGUGCUUUGAGACGAGUGCCAAAACUGGCUACAACGUGGACCUCCUGUUUGAAACUUUGUUUGAUAUGGUUGUGCCGGUGAUUUUACGGCAGAGGGCUGGGGGCCCAUCGCAGACGGUCGAUAUAAGCAAUUAUAAGCCACCCAAAGGGACAAAAUCUGGGUGCUGUGCCUGACUUGCAAAGGGCCUUCUUGAUUCUCAGUUUGCACAUAUGGUAAGGGGGUCUGACCAAGUGAGCUGAGCUAUGGUCAGAAAGAAGCAUAGAACACCAAGGAAUUGUUAUAUAGAACAAUACAUGGAGAAGGAGAAAAUCUGCGUGGAAGCGACAGCUACUUAGAAGAUCGACAGGAGUUGUCUCCUCCACCUGCAUCUACAAAAUCCACUCUGCAGAAUGAAGACACUUGGCUUUCUCUCUUAACCCGCUGCCCUGUGACAGAGCCUAUGAUCCUUUCAUGUCCUAGACUCUGCCCCUCCUCUUUUCUGCACAGAUAGAAACUUGUGGACCCAAUGUAUAUAUCUGACCUGACACGGCACACUCAGUUGUUACCACGUUGUACAACUUUGUUUGUUGUUGUGUUCAAAACAGUUCUCUUCACUGUGAUUUAUUUUUGGUCCUAUCAUUUGGUACUUGCAUUUUUAUUCACUAUAAUAAUGAUUCUUGACAUGUUAAUUUAUACACAAUCAGGAAAAACUUUUUAUAUUGGUUGCAGCAAUGUGAGCUGCACAUACUAUUAAAAAGAAUUUUAUGAAAAA